AUGUCGACAAACGAUCCAUCUGUUCCAAUUGAUGUUGAUUUAACACGUUCAACGAAUGGAGUAUGGCUUGUAAAAAUGCCAAAAUAUUUAUCACAAAUUCUUAAUGAUUAUGGUGAUGUAGCAAAUAAUGGUGAAAUAGGACGUUUAGUUAAACGGCCAGCACCAAUUGGUAAAGGAUCAACAGCAACUAGUGCACGGGCACAAGAUGUUUUCUUUUGUCUUAAUGAUCAAAUUAUGGAAAAAGUUAAAGAAAAAAAUAAAUCACAAGAUUUUCAACUUCCACCACGAGAACAUCGAUUUUGUUUAAGCAAUAUAUCUGAUGGUGUUCUACGUACAGUUUAUACUCGUACAUUAAAUAAUCCAAAUUCUCCAUUGACUGAACAAAUAGCUGUUGUUGGUAAAGUUAUGCAACGAGCUGAAGUACGUCCAGUUGAAAAUGAACAAUAUAUGUCAAUGAAACGUAAACAAUUUGAAACAUCACAAGAACCAGCACGUAAAGCUCAAAUGAUAAGAAAGAAAACAAAUAUUUAUGCACCUAAACGUGAUCAUGAAGCAAAUAAACAACGUGAACGUAUGAAAAAAGCUAUGGGAAAACGUGUACGAAGUUCAGAAGAACAUGUACUUAAUCUUAUAUUUGAUGCUUUUUCAAAAAAUCAAUAUAUUUCAAUGUCAGCACUUGAAACAAUAACACAACAACCAAAAAAUUUCUUACAACAACUUGUUAAAAAAUAUUGUAAUUAUAAUAGUGCGGGACAUACAUAUGAAUUAAAACCACAAUUUCGACAUUAUAGUGCAUCAAAAGGAGAAACAGAUGAUGAUGAUAUGGAAGAUGAUGAUGAUGAUGAGGAUGAUAAUAAUAACAACAAUAAUAAUAUGGAUAAAACAUAA